CUAAACAUUUACAGUCAAGGAAAUUCCUUCCAUCGCUGUGUGAUUCAUGACUUUUAUGUGAAGAAGUGGUUUUACUUUUUCUGCUGUUGUUUUAUUCACUUGGACAGGUGGUGGCUUACUUUUUUCUUUUCUGGUGGAUUAUAUUGGUUAUGAAGAGACCACAGCCACAUCAACAUACAGCUGUUACAUUAUAUUGAAUAAUUACGAGGAGGCUUUGCUGUCAGUCUGACAACAGUCUCACCUGGGACAGCUUGUGACACAGACUGUUCUUUCUUCACCCGGGGAACGUGAACGCUUAAGCUACAGCCAUGGCUCGUCUGGAACAGGUCAUUACAAAUAUUGUGGAUAUAUUUCUGGAGUAUGCUGAUGAUGAUGGCAAGAAACACCAGUUAAACACAGAAGAGUUGAAGAAGGUGUUGGAGAAAGAAAUACAAAGUCCUGAGUUAAAAGAUAAGAUCAAUGCAGAUGACAUCGGGGAAGCCAUGGAGCUGCUGGAUAAAAACCAUGAUGGUGAGGUCAACUUCAGAGAGUUUUGUCGGUGUGUGUCUGUCUUGGCCAAAUGCUACUACAACAAGAAGACAGGCAAGGGUGUCAAGAGAGGCAAGGGCAAAGAACAAGAAGCUGAAGAAGAAGACUGAAAAAGAUGAACUGCAAACCCUAUAAAUGUUUGUAGCACCAAAAUAUAUAAUGACAUUUAUAACAUACACACAGUCAUCCUUGAAAACAGAUGCUGCUGGUUUUAGGCAAUUUGCACAUCCAUCAUUUAACACAAGCCUGUGAUUUGUGUUUGAAAUGUGCAUCCAAAAGUUAUAUUCACUGUGUAAUCUGAUUUUCAAAGAACUUUACAUUCUAUACUUCCUGAAAAUGAAUAAAACACUAGAAGAAGUUUA